AUGGCUGAGCCUCCAACUAAGGUGAAGAUAUUAGAGACUCCUGAAGAUAUUCGUGAACGUCGUGAGCAAGUUUUGUCGCGCUAUUCUGCAUUUAAAGAGGCAACGCAGUAUCGUCGUCAUAAGUUAGAGGAAGCUAAGAGGUACCAGUAUUUUAAGCGUGAUGCUGAUGAACUUGAGAGCUGGAUUAAUGAAAAGUUGCAAACUUAUGCAAAUGAGGAUUUCAAGGAACUGAGUAACCUCCAGGCCAAAAAACAAAAGCAUCAGGCUUUUGAGCUUGAAGUCACAGCUCAUGCAGAGACACUAUCGGCCUUAGAUUCUUCAGGUGAAGAGAUGAUAGGGCAAGGACAUUACGCUUCUGAGAUUAUUAAAAACCGGCUCGAUGAGUUACACGCUCUUUGGGAAAGGUUGAUGGCCAUGUUUAGAGAAAAAUCGCGUCUCAUUAACCUGACUCUUAAGUUCGUUCAGUUCUUACGUCAGGUCGACGAGAUACUAUUCUGGACACGUGAGAAGGAGACUUAUGUAACUUCUGAAGAUUUCGGUCAGGAUUUAGAGCACGUUGAGGCCCUACAGAAGAAAUUUGACGAGUUUAUGAAGGACCUUGAGUACCAGGAAAGUCGUGCGGAAGACAUUUACCACAAAGCAGAUGAACUUUUGAAAGAGGAAUUUCCUGAAGACACCUUGGUAAUAGAAAAGUCACGUGAGGUUCGUGAAGCACUAGAACGUCUAAGAAAUCUAGCUAAGAUGCGCCAAAACAAACUCCUUGAAGCCUAUGAAAUACAACGUUUCUUUCGGGAUACAGAUAAAGCCAUAUCGUGGGUAAAUGAAAAGUCUAUCCCUCUAUCUAUUGAAGACUGUGGUCGUGACUUGGCUUCAGUACAAGCACUGCAAAGGAAACAUGACGCUUUGGAGAGGGAUCUAGCUGCUUUGGAUGAAAAGAUUGGUCAACUAGGAGAUGAUGCUUCGGCUCUUGCACAGAAGCAUCCAGACUCUAAAGAAACAAUACAGGGUAAAUAUGAGGCUUUAAUUGCUGCUUGGGAAAAACUUAAGAAUCAGUUUGUGGGUAGAAAAAGUAAACUGGAAGAGUCUUUCAAGAUGCAGCGUUUUCUCGCCGAUUGGAAAGACCUUAGUAUUUGGAUGACGGACAUGAAAGGGUUGAUCUCUGCUGAUGAUCUAGCAAAGGAUGUGGCUGGUGCUGAGGCUCAAGUAGAACGCCAUAAGGAAUAUACUGCGGAAAUUAACUCGCGAAACGAUAGUUUCGACACAUGCAUGUUAGAGGGUCAAGCGCUGAUCAGUGUUGGUCAUCCAUUUAGCGGGGAAAUCGCUGCAAAGCUUUCCAAUUUGGAAAGAGAAAAAGCUGCCCUUCUGGAAUUAUGUGAAAAGAGACGCGAGCAACUAGAACAGUGUAUGGGUCUUCAGUAUUUCUAUCGUGAUGCAGAACAGUCAGAGUCUUGGAUCGGAAAGCAAGAAGCACUUUUGGAAAUCAAGGAUGUUGGUGAUUCCCUCGAUUCAGUUGAGGCACUUAUUAGAAAGCACGAAGAUUUUGAGAAAUCGUUGUUAGCUCAAGAAGAAAAGAUGCAUCAUUUUGAUGAAUUAGCAAAGAAACUUAUAGAAACGGAUCACUACGCUGCUGCACAGGUCUCGGAUUUGCAACAUUCUUUGGAAGACCGAAGAAGAGCCUUGAAGGAAAAAGCUAAGAGGCGCCGUCAGCGUCUUGAAGAUUCUCACCGUUAUCAAAUGUUCGAUCGUGACGCCGAUGAAAUGCAAUCUUGGAUAUCGGAAAAACUGAAAAGUGCACUUGAUGAAAGCUAUAAAGACUCAACUAAUUUACAGACAAAAGUUCAAAAACAUCAAAACUUCGAAGCUGAGAUACAAGCUAACCAGUCUCGUGUUGAGGAUAUUAAAAAGACAGGUCAAGAUUUGUUAAACGCAAAUCACUGCAAUUCAGCUGAAAUAAAACUAAAAAUCGACCAGUUAGAUGAGACUUGGUCUUAUCUUAUAAAUGCUAUGGCAAACAAAAAGAAAAAUUUAGACCAAGCCAGUCGACAACAACAAUUCGUCCGCAAUGUUGAGGAUGUCGAGUUGUGGUUAGAUGAUGUUGAAGCCCAAAUUGCAUCAGAAGAUGUUGGUCGAGACCUUAACGGAGUAAUGAAUGCACAGAAGAGACUCAACUUACUAGAAUCUGAUGUCGCUGCCCAUCGUGAGCGCAUAGAAGCAUUUAAAGUCCAAGCCGACACGUUUGCUUCCGAGGGUCAUUUUGAUGCUCCCAUAAUUCAGGAGAAGCAGCGGCAACUGUCCCAACGUUAUUACGAUUUGCAGAAACCAUUAAAUCAACGCCGUGAAAAACUGUCAGAUGCUUACAAGCUGCAUCAGUUCUUUAGGGAUGUUGAAGACGAGGAAGAUUGGAUUCGAGAGAAAGAGCCAGUCGCGGGCUCUACUAAUGUAGGUCGUGAUUUGAUUGGCGUGCAAAAUUUGAUCAAAAAACAUCAAGCAAUAUAUGCGGAGAUAAAUGGUCACUCACCACGCAUUGAGGAGGUUGUUCAAGAAGGUCAGGCCAUGAUACGCGUCAACCAUUAUGGGGCUAACGACAUUGAAAGACGUAUAACUGAUUUAACUACCGAUUGGUCUCAACUUUGUGAAAAGGCAGACCGUCGACGACAGCUGCUGGAAGAUUCAUUGCAAGCCCAACAGUACUUUGCUGAUGCAAGUGAAGCAGAAAGUUGGAUGCGAGAAAAAGAACCAUUGGUCGGUUCGUCCGAGUUUGGUCGAGAUGAAGACUCUACGGAAGCACUCUUGAAGAAACAUAACGCUCUCCUUGCCGAUAUUGAGGCGUAUGGUUCGACUAUUGAAGCUCUCGGCAUUCAAGCUAGUAGUUGCCGGAUGCAGGAAGCCCCAGUAAGUGAUCUACUCGGCAAAGAUGUAGUUAUUGCUUUAUAUGACUACCAAGAAAAGUCUCCUAGGGAAGUUUCAAUGCGGAAAGGAGAAAUCUUAACCUUGUUAGCCAGUAACCACAAAGACUGGUGGAAAGUAGAAGUGAAUGAUCGCCAAGGAUUUGUUCCUGCGGCGUAUGUCAAAAAAGUUGAGGCUCCUGUUUCUGACACUCAAGCUGGCUUAUCAGCCAAGCCACUUACUGUAGCGUCGCAGCAGCAGCGUUUGGAGGAGCAAUAUAAUUAUCUUCUUCAGCUGGGUCGUGACCGUCGAGAGAGAUUACAGGAUUCCGUUGAAGCUUACCAACUAGUUAGAGAGGCUAACGAUUUACAUCAAUGGGUAGUUGAGAAAGAACUAGUUGCUGUCACAGAGACCAUCGUUCCUGGAAGACUAGAGGAAGUCGAGUCAGAGAAAAAGAAGGUAGAUGAGUUUGUUAUGGAACAAAAGGAAAGAGAAGCUAGAGUAACAGAAUUGUGUGCCAAGGCAGAUAAACUCAAGCGAGGUGGUCAGACUGAAGCUGUUGAGAAGAUAGAAGGUAUUAUCAUGCAACUCCAAAAGAAGUAUGAACAGUUAGAAGAAGUCACUGCCAAAAAAGCUAAAGAAUUAGAAGAUAUUGAUGCCGUUCAGCGCUAUCACAGAGAAUGUGAUGAAGCGAAAGAAUGGAUUGAAGAGAAGGAGAAUAGAUUACUAACAGAUGAUGUAGGUAAUGACUUCACAUCUGUUCAGCGUCUUAUACGUAAACAUGAUGCAUUAGAAAGAGACCUGGUAGCUUUGGGAGAAAGGGUUAAACAAUUAGAUUCAAAAGCUGCUGACUUGGUACAGAUCCAUCCUCAGGAUGCAGAAGCUAUAUGUACACAUCAAGAAGAAAUCAACCAUUUGUGGGAUGGUCUAGCUGCAACUGCUGAAAAACGAAAAGCCAAACUUUUAGAUUCCUUAGAUCUCCAAAAGUUUCUCGCUGAUGCAAGGGAUCUCCAGUCUUGGAUUAGUACAAUGAAUGGUUUGGUAUCGUCAAAGCAAGUGGGCACAUAUGUUACAAGUGCAGAAUCGUUGUUAGAUAGUCACCGUGAAUACCGCACGGAAAUCGAUACUCGUGCUCCAGCUUUUCAAAACUUCGAAUCAUUCGGUAAGGAGUUACUGGAUAAUGGACAUUAUGCUUCGGAGGUCGUACAGCAAAAACUUCAAGAAAUCACAGAAGCAAGAGAAGCUCUUAAUGUAGCCUGGCUAAAUCGGCACAAACUACUAGAACAAAAUCUAGAAGAACAGCUAUUUUUGCGUGAUUGUGAACAAGCUGAGGAUUGGAUGGCUAUUCGCGAAGCAUCUUUAGCUGGUGAUGAUGUUGAUGGGAAUAAAGUUGAUGCAUUAAUAAAGAAACAUGAAGAUUUUAACCGUGCAAUCACCCUACAAGAGGUUAAGAUACAGUCUUUGAUGGCGAAUGCUGAUAAACUUCUGGAAGCUGAUCAUUAUGACGCAGAUGCAAUUGAAGCUAAGCGUGGUGAGGUUUUAAAUCGUUGGACUCACUUAAAAAAUGCUAUGAUUGAUAAUCGUAGCAGGCUAGGAGACGUUCAAACGCUUCAGGCUUUCAUUCGAGAUGCUGAUGAGAUGGAGCUAUGGAUAAACGAAAAGAUGCAAUUUACAAUGGACGAACCUUAUAAAGAUCCUACCACAAAUAUUCAGGCUAAACAUCAGAAACAUCAGGCUUUUGAAGCAGAGCUCGCUGCCAACGCAGAACGUCUCCAAGGAAUUUUGGCAGCUGGACAACGUUUAAAGCAGAAGAAUCAAUGUAUGGGGCAGGAAAGUGCCGUUGAAGAACGUAUCGCAAAACUCGCUAACCAGUGGGAUAAUCUUGUCAAUCGAUCUCACGAAAAAUCCGAAAAGUUACAAGAGGCCAAUCGUCAAGCUGCAUAUAAUGCUGGUAUUAAAGACAUUGAAUUUUGGUUAGGUGAAAUGGAAACGUCACUCGUUAGUCCCGAUCAUGGAAGAGAUUCAGCGUCUGUUGACAGUCUUCUGUCAAAACACCAGGUACUUGUUACUGAUAUUCGAGCCCAUGAAGAUCGUAUUAAGGAAUUAGAUGCCCGCGCAGAUGAGUUUAUUAGGUCCGGUGCUUGGGAUGCUGAUAUGGUCCGUGAGCGCAAAAAAAUGAUUAAUGAACGAUAUGAAAAGAUUUUGGAUAUGUCAGAAAAUCGAGCUGUAACGCUCGGCAAGGCUAAGCGUUUGCAUGAUUUUUAUCGCAAUAUUGACGAUGAAGAAGCUUGGAUCCGUGAAAAAAAGAUUUUGGUUAGUUCAGAAGAUUAUGGACGUGAUCUUAUCGGAGUACGCAACCUACGCAAAAAGCAUGAACGAAUUGAAAAUGAGGUAGCAGCUCAUGAUCCAUUCAUCAAACAAGUUAUUGCACAAGGAGAGGAACUUACUGUUGGUGUUCAGCUUGCUGAUCCUGAGGAAAUAAAGAAAAGAAUCCAGCGUCUGCAAACUGCGUGGGAAGAAUUGCAAGGUCUUACAGCACUUCGACGACAGAAAUUAGAAGAAUCCUUAGCAUAUCAAGACUUUAUUGACGGAGUAGAAGAAGAGGAGGCUUGGAUUCUCGAGAAACAACAUUUACUUAGUAGUGAGGAUUACGGCGAUACUCUUGCUGCUGUGCAAGGCCUUUUAAAGAAGCACGAUGCCUUCGAAACCGAUCUUAAUAUACAUAAUGAAAAGUGUAAAGAACUUUGUUUAACUGGAUCUGAUUUGGUGCAAUCUGAGAAUCAUAAUCGUUUGUCUAUUCAGCAACGAUGUGAAGGAUUGAUAGAAAAGUUGAAUGCACUCAAUCAGGCUGCCCAACGUCGUAAAACAAAUCUUACUGACAACUCAGCAUUUUUACAGUUUAUGUGGAGAACGGAUGUCGUUGAAUCUUGGAUAGCUGAUAGGGAAACGCAAGUACGUAGUGAUGAUUACGGGCGAGAUUUAAGCAGCGUUCAAAUCUUGCUGGCGAAACACGCAACCUUUGACACAGCAUUGGAAUCUUUCCACACAGAAGGAAUUCAAACAAUUACUGAACUUCACGAUCGCCUUAUCGCAGCAGAGCACAAUCAGAGUCCAGCCAUUAAGCAACGUUUUACCUCGCUAAUGGAUCGUUGGGAACGUCUACGUCGUGAAUCUGCCCGUCGCAAAGCUGAUCUCAUUCAGCUACAAGAACAGUAUCGAAAGGUUGAGGAACUUUAUUUGGCGUUCGCUAAGCGGGCGUCAACCUUCAACUCUUGGUUCGAAAAUGCUGAGGAGGACUUAACUGACCCCGUGCGUUGUAAUUCAUUGGAUGAAGUUCAUGCGCUUUGUGAAGCUCAAGAGCAGUUCAAAGCAUCUCUCAAAGCCGCAGAGGCUGAUUUUCAACAAUUAGCUCAAUUAGAUCGCGAAAUCAAAAGCUAUGGCGUUGGCAUGAAUCCGUACACUUGGUUUACAAUGGAGUCACUUGUGGAAACUUGGCGUAACUUACAGAAAAUCAUUUUAGAGAGAGAUGCUGAACUUCGACGUGAAACGGUUCGACAAGAGCAGAAUGACCAGCUUCGUCAACAAUUUGCAGUAGCAGCUAAUUCUUUCCAUCAGUGGCUACAGAAAGUUCGGACAUCGAUGAUGGAAGCCAGUGGAACUCUAGAAGAACAGUUAGAAGGUAUUCGGGAAAAAUCUUCAGAAGUUAGAGCCCGCAAAAAUGAUUUGCGAGAGGUUGAAAAAUUGGGUACUUUGCUGGAAGAACAUCUAAUUCUGGAUAACCGAUACACGGAACAUAGUACUGUCGGUCUAAGUCAAGCUUGGGACCAGUUAGAUCAACUUGCGAUGCGUAUGCAACACAAUUUAGAACAACAAAUCCAGGCUAGAAAUGUUAGUGGAGUAAGCGAAGAGGCACUUCGCGAGUUCUCUAUGAUGUUCAAACAUUUCGAUAAAGAUAAAUCUGGGCGUUUGGAUCAUCGCGAAUUUAAAUCAUGUUUACGUGCACUUGGCCAUGAUUUGCACGAGGUUGGAGAAGGUCAAGUAGAUGCUGAGUUCGAAUCUAUAUUAAACGUGGUGGAUCCUAAUCGUGACGGUUACAUAACACUUCAAGAGUUUAUGGCAUUCAUGAUAAGUAAAGAAACUGAAAAUGUUCAGUCCCGAGACGAAGUCGAAGAAGCCUUCCGUGCAUUAACUAAAGAAGGGAAAGAAUACAUCACCAAAGAAGAGCUAUAUGCGAACUUAUCCAAAGAGCAGGCAGAAUAUUGUAGUCGAGUCAUGCCUCCAUACUACACUAAGAGUGGUCAGGCAAUUUUGGAUGCCUAUGACUACCAAGCCUUUACGAGACAACUUUUUGUGAGCUAG